AUGUUCUACGGCCUAUCCCUAUCCCAUCCUACCCUAUUACUACCACCUCCUCCGAAACAGCAAUGCCCACCCACAACGCCGCCCUCCUUCUCGAUCCACCCCCUCCUCCCACCAGACUACACCGAAGCCUUCAUCCUCGCAGACACCGCAUUCGCAACCCUCAACAGCCUCCUCUUCACAACAUAUCCCCCAUCCCCCGAGUCCCAGCGCAAACUCACCGACGCGCGUCUGAAAGCGAUCCCGGCGAUACCGCAGACAAGCACGUUCAAAGCUGUCGAUACCCAGACCGGGCGGAUCGUGGGCGUUGCGCGGUGGACUGUUUCCGAACACGGAGAGGAUAUCGAGCAGCAAGCGAGUCUGGACGAGGUAGUUGAGGAGAUCCUUGCGCGGUCUGUGCCUGAAACGAAUCAGGUUUGUGCGCGGGGAUUCUACAGCAUGGCUUGGAGUGGACGGCGUGAGAUCCUGGGUGUUCGUGAUGAGGACGGGAAGAUAGUCAAGUUAGCCCCCCGCGUCGAGCUGCAGACGCUCUUUACGCAUCCGGGGUACCAGGGGAAUGGGGUUGCGAGUGCGUUGCUGCAGUGGGGGGUUGAGGAGGCGAGACGGCUGGGGGUGGUGGUUUAUGCUGAGGCGACGGAGGAGGGGAGGCCGCUGUAUGAGCAAGCUGUGUUUGAGGCUGUCAAGGUGGUUGAUUUUGAUGCGGAGGUGUUUGGGGGCGUUGGCUUGCACCGGUAUACGUUUAUGCUUCGGAGGCCGAGCGGGAUGUAG